AUGUUUCUGUGUAAUGCUUGCAUGCUUCAUAAAACCGUUUGUGUCAUUAAGGUGAAUAAACAGGAACAGCAGGAACAUCGGUUGCAGCAAACAAAAUGUCAUCCUCGAAACAUGGAAAUGAGAGGAUCUGAACGCUGCGACAAAGAGCAACUUAUGGCUCAUUCCAAGCAGGGAAAACAAAUGGUGAUAAUUGACUUGGACAGUAGCAGUGUCCGGAUAGAAACCAGGAAGGCCUUGGAAUUUUGCAUCUGA